CGAGUGCAGCACUAGUCGGGAUUUAACACGUGUGUACCAGUACUACGUGCGUUUACCAGUACUGACUGGUCCUGACCAAGAUGCUAAUCGGACGGACCCGACCAGCCAAAGAUAUUGGAAAUAAACUAGACCUGUCGCUGACAGCAGCCUGACAGUGCGUGCACUUUGCAAUGAACAGUGAAUCUACUGUUUUGGGUUGGCGAUCUGGUUGUUUACGACACUGUUGCGAAGUCGAACAGUAACAUGUAGAAGGUGGUUUAUUGAUGUGUAAUAGAUCACGAAGUUGGUAAAACCAUUUUCCCCUGAGGCAUACUGAUUAUGAAAUUCCUUCUUAAAUUGAUAACAUGACGUGGUGCGUGAAGAUGGAGAAAUGUUUUAUAAUAUUGCCCGAUUGAUUUUUCAUUUAGCUUAAAGGAUAAUUAAUUAACUUUUUUGUGUAGGAAUCCAUUAAGAAGGCCACAUUUGACUGCUAAACUUUCGUUCGCACCAUCUGUCAUUGACAGAGCUGAAGAUCAACAAUUAGAAGUACUUUAUUACAAACUUCAACAUGUUGAAGAAACUUCAAGACGUCUCCAAAAAAAUAUGAAGAAAUAUAUAGAAUAUCUUACAAAUGCUAGUAAAUCUGAACAACGAAUUACUUCCGAUCUUAGUAGUAGCCAGAUAUGUUUCCAGAAUGAUGAACUUCGUAAAAUAGUGGAAGACUACCACAGUGUCACUGUGAAGGGGAAUGAAAAUGUUGCUGAAUUGUCAUCCACAUCUCAACAGUGCUUCCAAGAACCACUGAAGAAGUUUAUCAGUAUGUUUGCUGCAAUUGAUGCAGCUUUCCAAAAUCGUGAACAGUUAGCACAAGAGUGGCGAAAUCUCUCAGUGAAAGUACGUAAACUAGAAGAAAAAGAGCGAACCGGAACUAACAUUGUCAAGCUAGAGCGAGAAAGGAAAGCUCUUGCAGCAGCAAGUACAGAAUUACUUGCUUGUCAUUCUUCAUUGCUUCUUGAACUUCGUUAUUUUCUUGAAAAACGACCUGAUUUUUUCCACCCAAUUUUGGAAGCUUUUAUGAGAUCUCAACUUGAGUACCAUGGGAACAUGACAAGACUUUUCACUAUGUUAGUGAAAAUAUCACAUCCCCAAUCAGAUGCAUCACCUUCUUCAGCAAUGGUGCCAGAAAAUGAGUUCCAAGCAAGUGUGAACGAAAAGUUACACAAGUUACAGUCUCUAUCAAUUGUUAGACAAAAGCAGAUAAAAUAAGUAUUGUCUAAAUAUUUUUUUAAAUAGAGACAAUAUAUUUAAUAAUCUAAAUUCAUUCAAUGUUACUUCCUUUUAAUAAUAAAUAUUUUGUCUCUCCUUCUUGUAAAUAUGUGUGAAGAAAGAUAAAAUGUAUUGCAAAUAGUCUUCUGUGUUUUAAUGUCUGUGUAUUUGAAUACUGAAUGUUAAAAUAUAUCAUAAUUUGUAUGAAUAUUGGUAUGGGUUUUCUUUUACGUUCUUGUGUUAAAAAACAUCUCUUUAAAACCAUGGCUGUUAUCCCUCAUUGAGAAAUCAAC